AUGCCACCACAACCUUCGUUUAACGAUUCCUUGCUUUGGGAAACCAGUAUCCACCUACCCGAGCCGUCCGGUGAAGACACUACCACGCUUUUGGGCAAGGGUUACCAACUCCCGCUGCAACACGAUUUAGAUGUCGUACCAGCCAGUCGUAAGCGAAGCAACAAGGAAAUUUCCAACUCAGGAAAGAAGCGUAAAACUACGUAUGAUGUGCGGCGAGAACAAAAGGUGGAGCUCACAGCACAAGCCGAAGAGCUGCAGAAACAGCUUGAUGAGCUCAAGUUUCGAGUACUAGUGGAGCAUGGAGAAGCUGCCAAGUGCAAUGAGCGAGUGGCAGCGGGGAAUGCAGUGCUGCAAGAGUUCAUUCAGCAGCAGCAUUUGGAGCUCGCGAAAAUGCAGGCAAUGCUUGCCAGACACUCGCAACAAAAUGUUGACUCAUUGCAUCCAGCGCAAACUAUGAUUCGGUUGGGAAAAGACCCAACUGAACGCCACAACGUACUGGCAGCACUCAAAGGCAAAAAGUUGCAAGAGGCGAAGCGAUUUAUCACGACGCGAAGCCAAGGGCUGGACCCCAGGUCUUCGUACACCCAAGAAGAACGAAACCACAGUGACACCUUUUGCCAAGUGAAUUUUGAAAACAUGAUCGUUAAGGGAGCUAGCGCUAGGGAAGUCUUCGACGCUUUCAUCGACGUAUCUCAGAACGCUGAAAUCAUCAUUUCCGAGAUGUUCGGCGGCAUUACUAUCCGAGAAAACAAUGACACAGACAAACGAGAUAUCUCACAGAUGCGUUUGAUGACUUCGACUACGCUGGGAACCGUGGUGGAGUCCAAUUCAGUCAUGUUUGCGGAGUUUAAGGAGGCAAAAGAUGACCAAGAUGAAAGCUGUGGAGUGAUUGUAACAGACUUUGUCGAUUCGGAUGAGCUGUAUCCCUACAAACCGGAGGAAAGGGUUCGACGCGACGCGACUUCUGUGUUCAUGAUACGUUCAUUCAAGGACAAAGCGAAAGAUUCAGAUAAUAAAGAACUCCUGGUUGUGGCUACUCGGUGGGUUUGCUUCAAGAUCCGAGGCGGCGAAAGCAAUCUCUCAGCUGACCCACUGCAAGAAUUACAAGAGAGUACUGUCUCCUUUGGUGGUACCAUGAAGAAGAGCAUCCAGCAGCGAUUGGGUAAUGUGAACUUGUACGACGAGUAG